CUUAGCUGCUUUCCUUGACUUUUACGCGCUAUUUUCUCGCUGAGCGACGCAUUUGCAUUUGUUGGUCGUUUAAUUUGUAUCAAAACUUAUAUUGUGAUUGCAAACAUGAAUGUUCCCUUUGAGCCCCGUACUCUUGUUAAUGGCGGCAUGCUGAAACAGUUUGCCGGCCAAACCGUCAGCAUUAUGGUGCGCGUGGAGAGCGUUGCCGGGACGACGCUAAUGGGCGUCAGCACGGAUAACCAGAAGCUGCGCAUUAGCCUACCCAGCGAGCUAGGCGCUGCCCAGGGCGCCUGGGUGGAGGUUAUAGGCAUUCCAAAUGCUGGCGACGCCAUACGCGCCAAAGAGGUUAUUGAAUUUGGCGGCGACAACAUUGACUUUGACACGGAUAGCUACAACGCGAUGACCCAGCUGCUGAACAAUGUGAAGCAGUUCUAUCGGCAUGGCUAAGUAAGGGUUCCCUAAGCCGCUUAGCCCGCAGCGUCCAACUAGGUUUAAGUCCAUUCUUUUCGUUUUUUUUUUUUUUCAAAUAAACACGUAAUUAUUUUCCAAAUAGUUCAACAUUAUGUACUUGCUUUAUUGGGAUCUGUGGCCCACAUAUAAAAAAGGCUAUCUAGUGAAGUUAUUUUCAACAAUUAAAGAGAACGAGACCAAUUCAUUCGUUGGCUAUUGCAGCACAGCUGCAUUGGCUACCACGCUGGGAUUGUUGACCACCUCGCCAAGGGAGUCGAGAACCUCCUUGCGGUAAUCAUCAAACUCGCCAUCAAUCUCGUUAAUUGUCUGGUCCUCGAUGACAUAGAGUGUACAGCCUGUUUCGCGUAUGAGACGUU